AUGGUCCCCCCGAUCUUCGACCUCGCCGUCUUGGUGCUCUACUUCGCUCAGGCCGCCAUAUCGAUCCCGUCCGACCAUCGCUACAAGGAGCGCGACCCAGUCCCUCUCUACAACAACAAGCCUCUUCCGAUGAACGGUUCGAUCGUCUCAUGGCUUCUUCUUGCGAUAUCCAUGAUCUCCAUCUCCUUCGAGGUUGCUGGGGGUUCAGCUUCAGCCCAGUGUCUCGGCGUCGACCAGAGAUUGCUCUUGCUCAAGCUGAGAAACAGCCUCGUCUUCGACGCCUCCAAGUCUUCCAUGCUAGUACAGUGGGACCGAAGUGGCGAUUCAUGGAGCGGCGUGACGUGCGAGGACGGCCUCGUCAUUGGUCUUGAUUUGAGCAACGAGUCUAUCUCUGGCGGAAUCGACGGUUCGUCAAGCCUCUUCAGGCUCGAGUUCCUUCGGAGCCUGAACUUGGCUUUCAACUACUUCAACUACUUGACGAUUCCAUCAGGCAUCGCAAAUCUCAGCCGCUUGGUACAUCUCAACUUGUCCAAUGCUGGAUUCGCGGGGAAGAUUCCGGCGGAGCUAUCUCGCCUGAGGAAGCUACGUUCUCUUGAUCUCACUUGUCUUUCCUCUUAUCCGGCUUUUCUGAAGCUUGAGAAGCCCUCUUUGAGGGCACUGAUUGGGGAUUUGGUGGAGUUCAGGGAGCUCUACCUUGAUUUGGUCGAUGUGUCUGCUGAGGGAAGUGGGUGGUGCGACGCGUUGUCUUCUUCAGUUCCGAAACUUGAGGUGUUGAGCAUGUCUAACUGUUCUCUGUCUGGUCCUAUGAAGGCUUCUCUUAUGAGUCUUGCUAAUCUGUCGGUCAUUCAACUCUAUGGCAAUAACUUUUACACCACAGUUCCUAAGUUCUUAGCGAAUUUUUCCAGCUUGAAAACUCUAAGCCUAGCUUUUUGUGGUUUGUAUGGAGAAUUUCCUCGUGAAAUCUUUCAGGCACCGACAUUAAAGACCCUUGAUCUGUCGCUCAAUAUGCUUCUUCGGGGUCCUUUGCCGGAAUUUCCUGCUCAUAGUUCUCUUCAAAACCUGUUUCUUAGCAACACAAACAUUUCAGGUACACUUCCUGUUUCCAUUGGUAAUCUCGAGAAAUUGUCUAGCAUAGAACUGGUAAAUUGCAGUUUCAGGGGAUCAAUCCCAAGCUCGAUUGUGAAACUUCCUCUACUGGCUCUUCUGGACUUCUCAUUUAACCAAUUUUCUGGACCGGUUCCGCCAUUUGCAUCCAGAAAUCUGACCCAAAUAAGAUUAUCCCAUAAUGAUUUAACGGGUAAGAUCACCUCUAUUGGCUGGGAAGAUCUUCUGAAUCUUGAGUAUCUAGACCUGCGAAACAAUUUGUUGGAAGGCAACAUCUCCUCAUCUCUGCUUACACUUACCCGACUUGAGAUGAUACACCUUUCACACAAUAGAUUUUCUGGUCAGCUUACCAUAUAUCCGAAUGUCUGUUCGUAUCAACUGGGCAUGCUUGAUUUGGGUAGCAAUCAGUUACAGGGGCCAAUACCAGCAUCCAUAUUCAAACUGCAAGGGCUUGGUUACCUUUCACUUUCUUCCAAUAAUUUCAGUGGCUCAAUGAAUAUCGAUGCACUUCGGGGAUUUGGAAAUUUAGCUUAUCAUGAUCUUUCAUACAAUGGCAUGUCCAUUAACACUAUGGCGUCUGCUUCUGCUGCUGCAUCUUCUUUCCCUGAUUUUCAUACGUUAAAGUUGGCUUCCUGCCAAUUGCGGUCAUUGCCUCAGUUUUUGGCUAACCAGUCUACACUGGUCUCCCUCGACCUCUCCCACAAUUAUAUUCAAGGGGAGAUACCAAGAUGGAUAUGGACACGAGAAGAUCUAUUGUAUCUCAAUCUUUCCUCUAAUUUAUUUGUAGAUUUGGAAACACCUCUGCCCAAUAUUCCUUCUGAUCUGGCUGUUGUCGACCUCCAUUUAAACAUGCUCCAAGGGAAUAUGCUACCUUUGCCAUCACACGGUGUCUAUUUGGAUUUCUCAAGUAACUAUAUCGAUUCUGUUAUUCCCGAUGACAUUGGCGACUAUCUAUUGGGUACGAUGUUCUUCUCCCUUUCAAAAACUAAUUUCCAUGGGUCCAUCCCAAAGUCGAUUUACAAAGCUGAAUUUCUUCAAGUGCUCGACUUAUCUCGUAACCAUCUGAAUGGAACUAUUCCUGAUUGUUUCGUGAUGAAGUCCCUCAAGAUGCUUCAAAUCAUUGACCUGUCUUCAAAUGAUUUCGGCGGCAUGCUGCCUGAGAGUCUCCUCGCAUCUUGGGAGGCUAUGAAGGCCAAUGUAGACUUCAAUCACCUGGAAUAUGAGUUCCUCCCACUGAGUGGACUCAAUUAUCAAGAUACGAUGAGUGUAACCUUGAAAGGUCUACAGAUAGAACUUGUCAAGAUUCUGACUAUUUUCACGUCGAUCGACUUCUCGGGCAAUAGAUUGGAGGGUCCAAUACCAGACACAUUUGGGGAUCUCAAAGCACUUUAUUUCCUAAACCUAUCGCAUAAUGUCAUCUCGGGUUCAAUUCCUUCUGUUUUGGGGAAUCUGCAUCAGCUCGAGUUGUUGGACCUGUCAUGA